CUAGGAUGCCGCGGGGGUGACUCAAACCCCCAGAACUGAGCCUCUACUUUGGUCAAUCCUCUUUGGGCUAAAGUCUAGAGCUGUCUAGAGGACUAGAGGUCGAGUUGGAUGAGUUCCGGGCGUUCAAUCGACCCCAAGCCGAUGGUGAUGUCACCGCAUGCGUCAACAGUUUAAUUCCGUAUAAAUUCAAAUAAACUUUGAAAAUCAUAACAAAUCCACGUGUGUUCUCAAAAAAAUGGAUCAGGAGGUCCAGAUCAGUCGUCAAUUUCUCGCCCACAUUGGACUAUCCGUUGAAAAGGUUAAACUUUCCUUCGUUAAACGUUUGUUUCCUGAAUUUGGAAAGGACAGGGAAGUCUUGCUGAUCUGCAAUUUGUCCCCUGAGGAAGAAGAAAAGAUAAUGAGUCCCAAGGGUAGGGAUGAAAAUUCAGAAAUGCUGGACGUCACUGGAUCACCACUGGAGCAUUCUUAUGGAGAUGACAGCUUUAACGUCUCAAGGACAUCAUUGAGGAGGAAUUGGAUGAAGAACGAGGAGAGAUUCAUGUCGAUUCAUCAAGUAGCAGCUGAAACCCUGAAUUACACCCAAGAAAAACUGAGCAAUGCCAAAUUGUGGACGACACCGCUCUUUGUCCUUGCUGAUCCUCAGGAAAGUAAUGAAAGAUGUAUUCUUAUCGGUUCACACUCAGAUUCUCGUGGUUUCAGGACAUUGCGAAUAUGUUUAGGUGGUACGAUGUUUCUCUCUGAGAUUCACGAGGCCAUUCAGAUGGAAGUGCCAUUUAUUCAACAUGAUAAAAAUGAAAUGAAUCUACAGAAUAGGAAGAAAGCACAGGUGAAAAUUUAUAGUGUUUAUGAAAUCUCUGGAGUUGAUCCGGAGAUGGUGGAUUGGAAGGACGAGGAGAAAUCAGAAUAUGGAGGGUAUUUGAGCAUAGAGACUAGUUGGGAGGAGCUGAGUUUCAUUCCACCCUUGAGGAACUCUUCUAGUACACUUUUUGCUUCAGUAGUUAGUGGUUCCAAGGCCAGUCCUCUUACGUCUCUUUGGAAUGAGCUUCUGUUGCUGAAAAACUACCUGGCAAUGCUAGAGGAAUACCAAACCAAGCACAUGUCCUCUCGUUAUAGCGUUGCACCACUCAAUUUUCCUAAAUGUUUUAGCAAUGUGUUUCGCGAAUCGACGAGUAAAAUCACCAAGAAGCUUCAUCAGAUUUUAGUAGGAGACGAUGCUUUCGAUGACUCAGAAGUGAUAGACGAUACAUCAGUUGCUGAAGGCCCCAGUGAAGAUGAUUACCAAAUAAAAUUGUCUGACAUGGCGAAAGUUUUGGAGAAGCGGCCUGAUCAGGAUUUUGCCAGUAUUCUUUGGAGAAUCAUCAAAGGUGCUGACAGCUAUACAACCAUGACUGACUGCAUUCACACUGUUUUUGAAGCUAUUUCAAUGAGUAAUUUCAAGCCUUCGUUGAACGUUGGAGAUGACACUAGAUUUGGUAAACUCGUUGGAGGUUUGGACUCUGUUGAAAAACAACUUCCUCAGUUGGCUGGAAGUAUUUCAAUGGAGCUUGUCGUUGAUAUGGGACUGGAAAAACUUGUUAGGGAUUACACGUAUCUAUUAUCUACGGGAAAUUUAAUGGAAAGUUAUGAUGCCAGGAAAAUUUUAAAUAAUGUUGCUGAGGGAGUGUUCGAUGUUACAAAAUACAGAGAGAAGCUCAUGACUCUCGCACAGAUUCAUAUGUCCUUGGAAUUUCUUCAAUUGAUCCAGGAUCAGUUGAAUUGUCGUAUGGACGUAUCUCGAUCAAUAUUUGAAGCAGCUCUGAAGAUCUACAAGGCCCCAGACUCUCCACUGAAUUUUCAAAACCUUGAAAAUCACGUAAUUUAUUCAUUAAACGUUUCAGCACCCAAGAAUAUUGUUUCCGAAGUGAUGAAAAUGCCCCCUGCCUCGUGGAUGUGCACGCUGACUACUGAUGUCACACUGCAGAGCUAUAGUUCAGUUACUCAUUACAGUCGUACUCCAAUAUUUCCACCCAAUAUAUACAAUUCAGAGGACAUGCUGAAGGUCGAAACUGACACCGAGGGACCGAUGUAUUACGUUACCACAGGCAGUAGUAUUCACUUCAAGCUAGCGACUGAUGAUUAAUUGUCAAUGAGAACAGUCACU